CUCCAGCUCCAACUCUAGCUCGAAAAGCAAGUUUGGAGUAUGGCUCCAAAUAAUUUUAGGUUAUAAAAUCUGGCUCGAGCUCUGUCUCCAAAAUUGGCUCCAAAGCUGUCUCGAAAAUUUCGAGCUGGAGUGCAUACUCGAAUUGUGGUUAUAAAACUUUCGAGUACGGAAAAUAUACUCCAAAUGGAGUAUGUAAAGCUUAAAUCUCGAGUAAGCUAAAGAGCUUACUCGAACUUUCAAGUUUGUACUCAGGGUGUCGUCUGCUUUCAUAGAAAUGGCUGCACAUCAACGCAUAGCCAACAGAGAACGCGUUCCGCGUAAUUUUAGGGAUAGGUCAAACCCACUGGAGGACUUGUCAGCUUCUGACAUAUUUGCAAGAUAUAGGUUUCACCCAGAUACCAUUAUGGAUCUCCUGAGGCAGCUCCCUGACUUAUCUACUCAUACAAAGAGGAACCUCCCAAUUCCACCCCUCCUUCAGCUGCUUGUGACAUUAAGAUUUCUUGGUACAGGUGCCACCCACAUCCUUGUUGGUGAUGAUGUGAAGAUUUCAAGAUCAACAGCAGGGCGAUGUAUAAGGCAGGUAUCGGCCCUUAUUGCAAAUUUGGCACCAAACUACAUCAGCUUUCCAAGGGGAGAUCAGGCGCGCCAAGUGAUGCUGGAGUUUGCACAUAUUGCAGGUUUUCCAAAAGUGUUGGGUUGUGUAGAUGGUACACAUGUUCGAAUAACCAAACCAUCAGGGCCUCAAGAGGCAGAUUUCGUAAACAGAAAACAGUACCAUUCAUUAAACGUGCAGAUGGUAUGUGACCCAGCUUUCAAAAUUACAAGCAUAUGUUGCAAUUGGCCAGGUGCAACUCAUGACAACCGGAUUUUCAAAAUGUCUUCAUUGUGCCAUCAAUUUGAACGAGGUGACCAUGAUGGGCUGUUACUGGGAGAUUCCGGGUACCAGUGCCGUCCUUUUGUUAUGACUCCGUUCAUCAACCCUGUUAAUCAAAAUGAGAAAAGGUACAAUAAUGCAUUGUGCAGAACAAGAGUGCUGAUUGAGCAAACUUUUGGAUUCCUUAAAAAGAGAUUUCAAUGUUUGAAUUUUCUACGUACAAAACCAGAGGUGGCAGUAGUCUAUAUCAAAGCUGCAGUAACUCUGCACAACUAUGGUAUUGUAAGGGGAGAAGUUCUUGAAACACAGCAGAAUGUUGUGCAGGAAGCUGCUAACGUUGAACCUUGUCCUGCUGGAGGUGAUGGCUAUGCCAUGAGGGCACAUAUUGUGCAAACAUUUUUCAGCUAGGUUGAAAGAUUCUGACCCAGACAUAGAAUACAAGUCAAUCUUACCUCUGCUUUCCUUUUCUUUUGAAUUGACUGUCCUCUGUGACACAGAUGAUGGAGCUGGUGCUGAAAUAAAAGAAAGAAUUGACUACACCUGAGGAACAAGUCGAAGGGUGUUGCACUCAACUUUCUUGUUCAAACUGAUGAAAUAAUUAAGUUAUUGAAAAAUUAAAAAAUAAAAUUAAUACACUUUAUUGCAGACUUUUUUAAAGAUUGAAGGGGUAGAGUUGUGUAUUAAAUGUAUUUUAAUCAUUUUAAGGUGGCCCAUUACACCUUGAAAUAGUUUCUCAAAUCAGCAGAAAAUCAAUUGACUUAAGGAAUGAAAUUCAAGUUAACUUGCAACAGACUGGUGUUCCAUCCAGGGGAGUCAAUGACUCUCAUUCGCUGGAGAUAAGCGCUGGCCCUAUGGGCCUUCAUGGCACGGAGAAGGAUUUAACUUUUAACUUAGUCAGAAAACGUGUUACAACCAGACUUACAUGUAAAUUGUUUUGAUAGAUAACAAAUGAUGCAUAAGAAAUAUAUAAAAUUCAAAUAGGUGAAAAUAUAUGCAAUUUAUAUUAGGAUGAAAAUUAUUAUUUUUAAAAAUUCAACUGAAUAAAUAUGAACUAGCCCUGGGCCGAUUCAAACUUGUGAUCUGCAGUUCACAGAUUGAUACUUUAUUACCACUGAGUUGCAAUGAUAUUCAAACCAUUCGAUUGAUACAAAAAAAUCAACAAAACAAUUAAAUCACCAUCUAAUGAGGUAGGGUCUUAAAAAGCAUAUUAAUGUAGUGAGGUACGGUAUUUUAAAUUAUCUAGAGUUGAUUAAAAAUAUAUAAAAUUUGUUAAUUUUUUUAAAGAGCAAUAUAUGUAAUAUAAUUUUGGUUUUACCUUGUUAUUUGAUUGGCUAUACACAAAUUCAUCUUUAAUUAUAUUUUCAUAACUUGCCAACUUCACGUCAAAAGAUGUGCUUGCAUAAUGCAUUAAUCUGCUUGACAUCAAGCUCGAUUUUUGUACAGAUUAACAUCAUUUUUAAAAUCAGACGUCUUAUUAACUGCAAAUGAUAGUGAAUAAAUUUGCGGUUUAAAGCAUGAACUGCCCAAAUUUAUAUGUUAUACAAAUAUAACAUAGGAAAAAUUUAU